AUGUCUGUCCCCACUGAUCUGUUAAAUAUCACUGCCAAUGAGCAGACCCUCGUGUGUGAAUGGCUCCUGAACAAUAUUAAAGCUAAGGACCUCAUUACAUGUCGUGUCAGCCCAUCUGUCAGAGUGCUCUUCCAGCUCUCCAAUCAUCCCCCAAAUUCGCCUAUUAUCCUACCACAGUCAUUCCUUAUCAGCUUCUCCCAUAUUCCCAAGUUUUCAGCAUCUUGUCCUCCUCCCCAGCGCAUUGAUAAGCGUUUUCCUCACGCGUUUUUCGAGCGGAUCUCUCGCAAACUUAGGGUCUUGUGGAGUUAUCGAGUUUUUGGUGUUUUUGAGAAGUUGAGGGGAGAUAAGGGUUUUCUGGGUGCUCAAAGGCCUGUCUCUUUUAGCUCUUUUGGCCAUUUACCAUCCUUCAGUGGCUCUGUCCAUUGCCUCAAUCUGCUUCUUGAUAGGACCAGCCCUUGUUGCCCUGCACCAUACCCCUUCCUCCUCCUCCCUCUUGCACCUCCGCACUUUUUCGCACUUUCACCAGCCCAUUCCGCAUUGGAACCCCCUCGACCCUAUACCCGUUUUGAAGCCCCCAUUCAUGGCUUUCAUUCGCGCCCAUCGCCGCCCCGAUCCGCUCCGUCGUUCGCCCACCAUUCGCGUUUUCCGCCGCCCCUCUAUUUUAUCGCACAUUUACACCAUUUUAUCUAUAUCUCCUCGCCCCUCGAUCGCGCACCUAUUAACCCUAUACUCGUUCUGACCGCAUUCGCCGCCGCUUUCCAUCCGUCCGCCCCGCUUCCAGAUACGUCUGCGCGUUCCUCCGCAAUCCGCACUUCUCGCGUUUCCCUCCAAUUUCCACCAUUUCCUUCAUUUCUCACCCAGUUCUCCACCAAUCCUAGUCGACCCUAUACUCAUUUCGAAGCCCUCGUUCGCCUCUUUCUAUCCGUCUACUCCCCAUCGUCGUCCAUGCAACCAUCAUCGCGUUUUACAUCACUUUAUCGUCGCUGCUCCUCCAGUACUCAAAGCAAAGUCUGGAGAUUAUCGUUUUAAUCGCAUUGCCUGACCCUCACUCACUGGCGCAGUUUACCUGGCAUACGCGUCAAGGAAACAAAAGGUGUUUGAGGACCCCCAGGUUAGUUUUCUUAGUUUAGCUUAGCUUUGGUUUGCAUAGGUAGAUGACUGGGGACAGUCAUGAUUCAAAGUUCCCAUGAGAUGUAGGGAUUCAUUUCUGGCUAGGCUUGUAGAGACUGUCUUUACCUUACCUUAUGUUGGCACUUUGUAGCUUACAUAAUGAAGUUAUCUUUUCACCAGUU